AAAUAUAUAUACAAGAUCAAAGAAGUUUAAGCUAAUUUUUUGAACACCUGCCAAGAUGACGACGACGACAUUAAUAAUUAUAUUUUGAGAUUUAAAUCGCCAGAUUAGUUGAACUACCCAAGCCAGCCUAUCAACUGCUUGGGCGGAUCUUUCGAAGUUCAUGUUCCUCUUGUCUCUCUCCUAUGGAUGAACUUCGAUCUAACCGACGAAUUAUAUCAGCAUUUGCUCUUUGAUUUCUUUCUUUGCUGCAGAAAUCUCGCUUCUCUCUUCCAUAUGGACAUUUCAUUGCAGCUCGAUCAAAUUCAGAACAGCUACAGAUUUGCUUGUUCACUCUCAAACCCGUCCAAAUUCGCCCAAAAAUUUCGUGUUUUCGAAGCAAUUUCGCUGGGAAGAUGUAAAGCCACAUUUUCCACUCGAUUUAGGUGUUCUUUGCUCGACCAGGGGCUAAAGCCCCGACCAAUUCCCCGACCUCUAAAGGAGGCGGAGAUAAUUGAGCAUGGCAGGGGGCAGUUGGGGAAGAAGAUUGAUCAUUUGAAGAAAUCGAGUUUCGAUCAUGGCAUUUGUGAGCAGAUAGAGAAGUUGGUUCAGUGCAAGAGGUACCAUGAGGCUCUCGAAAUGUUCGAACUUUUGGAAUGUGAGAAUAAUCGUUCAGUUGAGAUUAGCACUUACGAUGCGUUGGUGGAUGCUUGCAUUAGUUUGAAAUCGAUUAGGGGUGCUAAGAGGGUGAUUUAUCAUCUGAUGAACUCGGCGGUGGAUCAGGAUGUGUAUAUAAGGAAUAGGGUGUUGUUGAUGCACGUAAAAUGUGGGAUGAUGAUUGAUGCUCUGAAACUGUUCGACGAAAUGCCUGAGAGGAACUUGGUUUCUUGGAACACCAUAAUUGCAGGGCUUGUGGAUUCCGGCGAUUAUGUGGAGGCGUUCACGUUAUUUUUCACUAUGUGGGAGGACACCUCGGAUAUCGGAACAAGGACGUUUGCUACGCUGAUUCGAGCAUCGGCUGGAUUGGAACUCAUCCAUCCCGGGCAGCAGCUGCAUGCCUGUGCUUUGAAGUUGGGAAUGGCUGGAGAUGUCUUUGUUUCUUGCACCUUGAUCGACAUGUAUAGCAAGUGCGGUAGCAUUGAGAAUGCGCGGUGUGCUUUUGAUAAGAUGCUGGAGAAAACAACGGUAGCGUGGAACAGUAUCAUUGCUGGUUACGCGUUUCACGGUUAUAGCGAAGAGGCGUUGAGCAUGUACUAUGAUAUGCAAGAUUCCGGCGCUAAAAUGGAUGGUUUUACGUAUUCCAUGAUCGUUCGAGUUUGUACUAGGUUGGCAUCAUUAGAGCAUGCAAAACAAGCGCACGCUGGUCUUGUUAGGAACGGUUUUGGGUCCGACAUAGUUGCCAACACAGCACUUGUUGACUUCUACAGCAAAUGGGGAAGGAUAGAGGAUGCUCGGAAUGUGUUUGAUAAGAUGCCCCUGAAAAACAUCGUGUCUUGGAAUGCAUUAAUUGCAGGAUAUGGGAAUCAUGGCCGUGGAGCUGAGGCAGUCGAGUUAUUUCACCGUAUGGAUUGUUUAGGAAUGGUGCCUAAUCAUGUUACCUUUUUGGCUGUUUUAUCUGCUUGUUGUUACUCAGGGCUGUUCAAUAUUGGAUGGGAGAUAUUUGAAUCAAUGAGUAGAGAUUACAAGGUAAAGCCUCGAGCAAUGCACUACACGUGUAUGGUUGAGCUAUUAGGCCGUGAGGGUCGCUUGUAUGAAGCUUGUGCAUUGAUAGAAGAUUGUCCAUUUACACCUACUGUUAAUAUGUGGGCUGCAUUGCUCACAGCUUGUCGUGUUCAUGAGAAUUUUGAUCUUGCCAAAUAUGCUGCUGAGAGAAUUUAUGGUAUGGAACCUGAGAAGCUCUCGAGCUAUGUUGUUUUGUUGAAUAUCUACAACCGUGACGGGAAGUUCCAAGAAGCAGCAGCAGUACUUCGCACCUUGAGGAGGAAAGGUCUUCGAAUGCUGCCGGCUUGCACUUGGAUAGAGAUAAAGAAGCAGCAGCAUGUUUUCUUCACCGGAGACAAAAAGCAUCCACAAACUGAGGAGAUCUAUGAAAAAUUAGAUGAAAUCAGUAAGAAAAUUGUGGAACAUGGAUAUGUUCCUCUCCGAAAAACAUUGCUUCCUGAUGUGGAUGAGCGAGAAGAGACUAUGCUACUUUAUCAUAGUGAAAAAUUGGCGAUUUCGUUUGGGAUCAUCAGUACGCCUGAUUUCACUCCUCUGCAGCUGGUCCAGAGUCAUAGGAUUUGCAAUGACUGCCACAAUGCAAUCAAACUGAUUUCGAUGGUUUGCGCACGAGAAAUUGUUUUUCGCGAUGCUAGUAGAUUUCAUCAUUUUAAAGAUGGCAGAUGCUCUUGUGGCGACUACUGGUGAUAUUCUUUACUUUACGUGGCUUAGUGUGUAGCGUGUAGUGUUGUUGUUACUCUAUAGAUAAGGGUGAAUGCAAAUAUUAUGUUCUUCGAUAGAUCAAAUACAAAAUGAGCAUUCAUUGAUUCAUGCCCUUUUUUACGAAAUUGAAUAAAUGAGAUAUAUUUUAUACCCUUGUCCUGGAUUGCUAAAGUGUUUACUGUAAAGGCCUUGGAUAAUAUGUUUGAAUGUAUGAAUGUUUUGUCUGUGCACUUAGAUUCUAGCCGCGAUGUAAGGAAAGCCAUUUUGGUAUAU